AUGUUGGCAGCUACUUCUGCAGACUCUGAGAACAGGACCAUGAAUUUGUCCUUCGCUCGCCUCCACUUUGCUGGGGGGUACCUGCCCUCUGACUCCGCGGACUGGAGAACCACAGUUCCAGCUCUUUUGGUGGCUAUUUGCCUGGUGGGCUUCGUGGGGAACCUGUGUGUGAUCACCAUCCUCCUUCACAGUGCCUGGAAAGGAAAACCAUCUCUGAUCCACUCCCUGAUUCUGAAUCUGAAUCUGGCCGACGUCUCUCUGCUGCUGUUUUCUGCGCCUGUCCGAGCUACAGCAUAUUCCAAAGAGGUUUGGCAUCUAGGCUGGUUUGUCUGCAAGUCCUCAGAUUGGUUCAUGCACGCAUGCAUGGCAGCCAAGAGCCUGACCAUCGUUGCAGUGGCGAAAGCAUGUUUCAUGUAUGCAAGUGACCCAGCCAAACAAGUAUCUAUCCACAAGCGGACCAUUGGGUCGGUGCUGGCAGCAAUCUGGGCUCUGGCUAGCCUGCUACCACUACCAGAAUGGUUCUUUAGCACUGUCAGGCACCAAGCAGGUGUGGAGAUGUGUCUCGUGGAGGUACCAGCGGUGGCCAGGGAGUUCAGUUCAAUGUUUGGUAAGCUCUACCCUCUCCUAGCAUUCUGCCUUCCGAUAGUCUCUGCCAGCUUUUAUUUCUGUAGAGCUUAUGGCCAAUGUCAAAAGCAAGGAUCUAAGACUCAAAACCUUAGAAACCAGAUGCGCUCCAAGCAACUCACGGUGAUGUUGCUGAGCCUUGCUGUCACCUCUGCUCUCCUGUGGCUGCCUGAAUGGGUGACGUGGCUGUGGGUCUGGCACCUGAAAGCUGACAAUCCUGCCCCACCACAAGGUUUUAUAGCUCUGACUCAAGUCCUAAUGUUUUCCAUCUCUUCAGUAAAUCCUCUUAUUUUUCUCCUGAUGUCAGAGGAGUUCAAGGAGAUUUUGAAAGGUUUAUGGAAAUGGGUAACAAUACAACAUCCACCUACCUCACAAUCUCAGGAAACACCAGCAGAUAACUUGGAAGUGCCUCCAGUGAACAGUCCAUCCCCAGAAUUCCCAACAUCCUUAUUAGAGAGAGAGAAAAAGGAUUCGCUCUUCACCAGCAAAGAGAACAGUGAGAAGGCAGAGAUUCCCACCCUCCCUGAUGUCGAGCAAUUCUGGCAAGACAGAGACACAGCUCCUCAUGUCCAGGACAGUGACCCCAUCCCCUGGGAACAUGAGGAUCAAGAAACAGAAGACUGGUAAAAAAAUGUCAAAGACAAACUAAUGGUAUUUAUUAUAUGUAUUUGGACCACUACUAAUCA